UUCACUUCCGCUACCGGUGUGACGUCACGCACGGGUUUUCUACUGCCAACGCAGCAAAGCAAAAAACCCCACAGAUCUAUACAUUAGAGACGUGAUGACGUCGUAGCGCUUUAAUGUAAAGACACAGGGUUAUACACAAGCUGUGUGUGGAUGGACAAUAAGCGAUAAAGCGGAAUUAUUUUUAUAGAAUAGUCUUUAAAUCAGCUCUUUCUCUCAGAUCCAGCAGCUACACCAUCAUCAUCCUCCUCCUCACCCUCAGUCCGGGGCUUCUUCACUGAUCAGAUGGCGAGUCCCCGAACCCGACGUGUUCUGAAGGAAGUCAGGACCGAUGAUGGAAAUAAUAUAUGUUUUGAAUGUGGGGCGUUUAACCCUCAGUGGGUCAGUGUGACGUACGGAAUAUGGAUCUGUCUGGAAUGUUCCGGAAAACACAGAGGACUCGGAGUUCACCUCAGCUUUGUGCGCUCGGUGUCGAUGGAUAAGUGGAAGGAUGUGGAGCUGGAGAAGAUGAAGGCUGGAGGAAACCAGAAGUUCCGUCUGUUUCUGGAGCUGCAGGAGGAUUUCAACCCCAACUGGAGCUUACAGGAGAAAUACAACAGCCGAGCUGCAGCACUGUUCAGGGACAAAGUGGCCACUGAGGCAGAAGGUAAAGAGUGGACAAUUGAAAACUCUCCCGCUAAAAACUGGACUCCUCAUCAGCCCAAGACCGCUCUGUCAUCAUCACACCGCAGUGCAGCAGGUUCGGCUCAUAUGUCCUCACACUCUGAUAAAGCGUUUGAGGACUGGCUCAGUGACGACGUGAACUCUUACCAAGGCGGAGGAGGCGGGGCUCAGGAGAAUCGUUACGUGGGAUUUGGGAACACGCCGAAUCCUCCGAAAAAGGACGAGGACUUCAUCAAUAACGCCAUGUCCUCCAUUUACUCAGGCUGGAGCAGUUUCACAGUUGGAGCCAGUAAAUUUGCAGCAGCUGCAAAAGAUAAUACAGCGAAACUGGCCAGUCAGGCGUCUCUAAAGGCAGCUGCAUUAGGCCAAACUUUAAACGAAAGUGUUAUCAAACCCACUCAGGAGAAGGUUAAAGAUGGAAAGUUGUUUGAUGAAGUCACCGUCAGCUUCAAUGACAUUGCCUCCAAGGUUCAGGAUGCUGGAGCGAAAGGUUGGAAGGACAUGAGCUCAUUCUUCAGUGGAAAACCAGCUGAUGCUGCUGAUGGUCCUGCAGAGGGCGACGUUUAUGACAGCAGCGCUGCCGGAUAUCAGAACAGCGACGGCGUCGAUCGUGGGUUCUGGGAUUCGUUCGGAGCUGAAGCUAACAGCAAGACCAAAAAGUCCCCGAGCAGUGAGAGCUGGACCCACGUGGAGAACUCGGGCGGGAAGAAGAGCUCGGACAGCUGGGAGAACUGGGGCUCCGACAACAAACACAGCACCGGGGACAACUGGGAGAACUGGGAGAACCACUGGGAGAACGGUGGAGACAACAAGAACAAGAAGAGCCCUAAAGCUGACGAGGAGGGGUGGGACGACGCUAACUGGUAGAACAGCUGGUUUAAGCGUGUAAAUGUGAACUGGAGGAAAAAUAAACAUCUCAUUAUUCCUGUUCUGAUCUCACACUCCAAAUCAUCACCACACACAUCUCUACAAACGCUACAGCUCACCAUGAGUCAGCACUUUCCUACUACAGCCGCCAUUGUGGCUCUGUCCCAAACUGUACAAUUCACCAUUAGAAGUUAUACUACAAUGUCGGCCAUUUUGGCUCCGUCCCAAAUGCUAGAAUUUGACAACUUUUAUUUGUCUCGUAAUAAAUUGUGUAGCGUUAGCUUUUAGUGCAGAAAGUGCGCUAACAUGACUAAUGCUAGUUAGCGAGUAAUAAAUGGUGCAUGACAGGUCGCUAGCUAGCGCUAGUGUUACCAUAGCAACGACACAAACAUGACCUAUAAUCAGAAUAAUGAAGACAGACAGCGGUCAUUUUCUUUCUCUCUCUCACACUCACUCAUUCACACACACACACACACACACACACACACACACACGUACAUGCUGCCUCAUGCUGAUGUAUUGUACACCUGAGUAUCAUCUCGAUCUCUCUCUCACACACACACACACAGGUGUUAGAGAUGUGUGUAUUUGAAUGCUCCUAUUUAAAUCAUGUUGUAUAAAUAUUGUUAUGCAGGUUGUUGUUUGUGUGUUUGAAGAUAAUAAAUUCAGAUGAAAGUGUAAUUCAUGUUAAUGAUUUAAAUUCCUGCACGUAUUAAAACUGUGUUUGCUGUAAAAUAUUGAGCUUUUCCUCUUAUUCUAAUAUUUUACACAUGUAAAGUUGCAGAAGCAAAAACUUUUCCUCCUGAAUAUAAACAAAUGUUUUUAUUGUUCAGUUCAGAGAUUUAGUGUUAAUGUGGUGUUUAUUCCUUCUCUUUAUUUAUCAUUUCAUUUCUGUCUGAAAAAUAUCCAGAUGUUUAUAAAAGUGUUGAAAAUGAAAUCAUAAUAAAGACUGGAUUCUGUAUUUUA